AUGCCUCAUUCCCGACACCUUAUUUCCGACACUUCAUUCCUGACACCUCAUUCCCGACACCUCAUUCCCGACACCUCAUUCCCGACACCUCAUUCCCGACACCUCAUUCCCGACACCUCAUUCCCGACACCUUAUUUCCGACACUUCAUUCCUGACACCUCAUUCCCGACACCUCAUUCCCGACACCUCAUUCCCGACACCUCAUUCCCGACACCUCAUUCCCGACAACUCAAUCCCGACACCUCAUUUCCGACACUUCAUUCCCGACACCUCAUUUCCGACACUUCAUUCCCGACACUUCAUUCCCGACACUUCAUUCCCGACACCUCAUUCCCGACACCUCAUUCCCGACACCUCAUUCCCGACACCUCAUUCCCGACACCUCAUUCCCGACACUUCAUUCCCGACACUUCAUUCCCGACACCUCAUUCCCGACACCUCAUUUCCGACACCUCAUUCCCGACACCUCAUUCCCGACACCUCAUUCCCGACACUUCAUUCCCGACACUUCAUUCCCGACACCUCAUUCCCGACACCUCAUUCCCGACACCUCAUUCCCGACACCUCAUUCCCGACACCUCAUUCCCGACACUUCAUUCCCGACACCUCAUUCCUAACACCUCAUUCCCGACACUCCCUCCCAGCACUUCCUCCUGA